GUCCCUGAUCCUGCUAACAAUAAAAGGUCCAUUGUUUUAUUAUCAAAUAAAAUAAAUGUCAACAACGAGGAUGGACAAUAUGUUCAGGAAGAUAAUGCUAUUGAAGAUGACCCUUUCUUCGGGAUAUCACAACCAAUUGACACCGAUUCAGAUGAAGAUGAUAGUUAUUAUGUUAGAGAUGAUCAUGAUGAGGGAAUUUGGAUGAAUAUAGCCUUUCAUAAUAAAAUUGAAACCACACGUAUGCGCAUAUUGAAGAAAAGGAAAAGAACUACUAAAACAAGUUAAACCAGAAAAUGGCUCCUUCAAAGCAAGGUAGUGGUGACACCGGUGUGAUUAAGUUAAUUAGGCGUGGAAGGACCAUUAUGAAAGAAGUCCGUCGUGCAACAAGUCAAGGAAUAAAAUUUGAGGUUGGUUGGGACCCGGAUGGUGUACCAAUUGAUCCCAACAAACAAAAAUUUGUCAGUUAUAUUGGUUAUCUUGCUAGGACAGACGUUCCAAUUACUUGUAAUUGGUGGCCAAAUGUUGACGAUGAAAUCAAAAACCAAAUAUGGGAAAAAGUAGAGGUUGCUUUUGAGAUUCACCCCUUGCGCAAAGACUAUGUACUUAAAGAAGCAGGUGCUUUGGCUAGAAAUUUUAGGAAAAUUCUAAGGAAAUUUUUUUUGGAUAAAGAUGGUAAUGUGAUAGAUCAUCCACCGCUGUCUUAUGACCUUGUGAUUGAUCAUGAUGUCUGGAUGGAAUUUGUUGAUCAAUAUAAAGAUGAAGAAUUCCAGAAACUAAGUGAACAGAAUAGGAAAAGAGUGUUGAAGCCUAAGUACCCUCACAAUUUAGGGCGUACGGGAUAUGCUUGCCUUCAGCAAAAGAUGUUGCAGGAGUCUGGAUCAAGCGAGACAUCCAUUCCUCGCCAUCGCUUGUGGAAGCGUGCUCGUGUGUCGAAAAAGGGCAAGAUUAAUGAGAAUGUUGAAGAAGUUUUGAGUACAUGCAGACUCACACAAUCUGCAUCACAAGAGGAGUUACAUAAACGUACACCGGAUGAUAUUCUCGGUCAGGCACUAAAGGUUCCUGAGCACCCAGGUUGUGUAAGGGGUGCAACCUUUCCAAUAUGUCAGAAAACCUUCUUCAAGAAAGGUCAGAAGAAGUCAAUCCAAAAGGAGACUCCAGCAGAAGUUGGCCAAUUGACAGAUUUGGUCAAGACUUUACAGAAACAAGUUAGUAUAUUGCUACAGGAGAGGGAGAUCACCAAGGACAUAGGGGCUGUACACUACGCCAGUGGAAGAGAUAGUUGCACGCCUAACGUAUCACCUGUUGAGAUUCAUGAGGGGAAGAGGGUUGAGCAGGAGCAACUAACACCUAAUGACAUGGAUACGUUUACACCACUAACACCUAAUGACAUCCCUAUGGGUACUACAUGUUGUUCCUUGUGUUUGGAGCUGCCUUAUUGGCGCGUGGUUGCUAAGGGAAAAGUGUAUAACACACUUGGUGAUACAAUUCAUAACUGCCCACUUCCAACCGGUUAUGUAAGAGUUAGUAUUGAUGUUGCGAUUGAGGAUGAUGCAAAAUUACCGGUACCAGAUGCAUAUGAUGAUUUGAUUAGCGUCCACGACGCAAUUGGGGGUUUAGUGGCGUGGCCUAUCAACCUCAUUCAACUUGAUCACACACUAAUAUAUAUUUGCAAUCACUGA